GAGUUGGCAAUUGUAUAAAAGUGUGGCGUGCCAGAGCAUCGGUACACAGUCGAACAGUCCUUGCUUCCAUCAGCAGCACAGGAGGUUGGCUAUCAGUGCAUCUCAGUGCAUCGCAGUGUAUCAUCCAACAUCUACCACAACACAACACAUCUGCUCAAAUGUUUGCGACAAGCACUCUGGUGGCCACUCUGCUAGGCGUGAGCCUAUCGGUAGCUAGUGGCGGAUUGGUAAGCACGCAGUUCCACGCACAAGACGGCCACGGCGGGUACAGCUACGGGCACUCAGGGGGUCCCUCGUCCAAGACCGAAACGGGAUCAGCUGGUGGCGUCGUGUCAGGCACCUACUCCUACCUGGACGGAAGCGGCGUGGUGCAGACCGCAUCCUACACGGCCGAUCCCGUCCACGGCUUCAAGGUUCACGCAUCCAACCUCCCCACACCACCGCCGCCGGUGCCUGUUGCUCCUCACGCGUCAGCCUGGUCUCCUGCGGUGCAUGCUGAUGCCCACGCGUCAGCCUGGUCUGUGCCCGUCGACCGUCCCCUCGGCGUCCCAGUGGCCGACACCCCCGAAGUGGCCCAAGCCAAAUUGGCUCACCUCGCUGCCGUCGAACACCAGAAGCUGAUCAUCUCCUCCCACCCCUACAGAGCUCGCCGAUCCGCCGAUCCUCACUACGGCUUCAACUAUCACGUGACCACCGUUCACGAACACCCCAAGUAUGUCCAUUACCCUGCCUACUACUACCCCUACUAUCACUACCCGCAGUACCCCCACCACUACCCUGAGUACCCCCUAGCUUCGAAGCCCGGCGCACCUGAGGACGUGACAGACACCCCCGACGUGCAGCUCGCCAAGAUUUCGCACCUGGCAGCCGUUGAACACCAGAAGGCGCUCGUUGGUGCACAUAUUGUAUUGUGCGCGUUCGUAGCAGCAGCCAGCGCUAGCUGGGCUCCCUACCCCUACCAUGGUGCCGGUGCUCCCGCCCCCGUGCAGGACACCCCCGAGGUAGCCGCCGCCAAGGCAGCUCACUUCGCCGCCGUCGCCAAGGCCUCCGCUCACAGCGGAUACGCUCCCGCCCCCGCCUACUCCUACGCCGCCGCCCCCGCCCCUCUGCCCGUCAACGGAGUGCCCCAGGACACACCCGAGGUUGCUGCCGCCAAGGCUGCCCACUUCUCUGCCGUCGCUAAGGCUGGAGGUGCCGCUGGACACUACGCCGCCUACGCCGCCCCCGCUUACGCCGCCCCCGCCUACGGUGCCUACGGUGCCCACGGUGCAUACGCCCCAGCCCCCGUCAACGGAGUGCCCCAGGACACCCCCGAGGUCGCUGCCGCCAAGGCCGCUCACUUCUCUGCCGUCGCUAAGGCCGGAGGCGCCGCUGGUCACUAUGCUUCUUACGCCCCCUACUCCGCUUACCACCAGGCUGGAGUGCCUCUGGACACCCCUGAGGUAGCCGCCGCCAAGGCAGCCCAUUUCGCCGCUGUUGCCAAGGCUUCCACCCACUCCCACUCCGGAUACCACGGCUAUGCCGCCAACGAGUACGACGAUGGCUCCUACAAGCCAUCCGCAUACGAGGGCGGAUACUACUAAGCCAUCUUCUUCCCCCCACCCACCUUCUCUCUCUACAACAACUAUUGCUGACUGACUGGUUUUGUCAACGCUCAUCCUCCCAUCCCAUUGAUCACCUGUUACCACGCGCACAUUGAAAAUAAAUUGUACAGAUACUACCAAAA